AUGAUAGAAUUGUCUUCUAGACCAAUUCAGGGUCAGAAUGUUGCAGGAAUGAUUUUAGUAAGAUUAAAGAAGAUAAGAGGGAUGGUUGAUUUGAAAUUUUAUGGUUCAAAGAGAGGCUGUUUGACACUUGGAACCAGUUUGGGGCAAAGAGGAACGUUUCGACGUUGCAUCGACGAUGAACUCUUAUAUCAAGUUUCUAAUGAAUGGGGGACUUGCUUCCGACAAAGUUCUGGAGACAGCGGAGUGGUGACAGUGUCGGAGACCAACUGUCGAAUAGGGGACGAUGGCAGCGAUCAAAGAAGGAACAGUACAGAGGAAGAUCCGCUCAAUUCUCUGUGCCUCAGGCCACGUUACUGCGACCCCCAUAGGAAUCCUAUGGAAAGGGUGCUUCUUGAGAUAGUCGAUACCGAGGCGAUAUACGUGGAACAUCUGCGACAGGUCAUUCAAGGUUAUCUUAUAUUUUGGAGGAACGACCCGGCAUCGUUUGUGGAUCAAAUGCAGCUGAGUAACUUAUUUAGUAAUAUUGAAGAUAUCUUCGAAUUCAACAGAGAGUUCCUGAAAGAGAUAGAGGAAUGUGGCCUGGAUCCAGUCUGCGUGGCAAACACGUUCAUAAAGCACAAGUCAGGAUUCAAAGUGUAUACAGAGUACUGCACCAAUUAUCCAAGCACAGUUUCCGUUCUGACUGACCUUAUGAGUCAAGAAAAGACUGCGCACGCGUUCCGCGAGAGGCAAGCAGCCUUGGGCCACGCGUUACCUCUUGGAUCCUUUCUUUUGAAACCUGUCCAAAGGAUCCUCAAGUACCACUUACUUUUGGAGAAUUUGUCAAAGGAGUACGCAGCGGAUUGCGAAGUAAGAGAAAAUGAGACUGAAGGUAGCAAGGCGAUCGAGGCGGCGCUGGCUGCCAUGACUGAUAUUGCCAAGCACAUAAACGCGAUGAAACGAAGGCACGAGCACGCGGUGCGUGUUCAAGAGAUCCAGUCCCUUCUAUACGGUUGGCCUGGCCCAGAUUUAACCACCAGCGGUGAGCUGGUGGCCGAAGGAAGAUUCCGAAUGCGGGGCGCCAAAGCUCCCAGGCAUGCUUUCUUAUUCGAUCGCAUGAUUCUGCUCACCAAGAAGAAGGAAGACGGGCUUCUAGUCUACAAAGCUCACAUCAUGGCACGAAACUUGGAGCAGAAGAGAGAGUGGACUUUGCAAAUAAAGAGGGUGAUUUUGGAGAACUAUAACGCGGUCAUACCUUCUCACGCCAGGCAGUUGGUUUUGCAACUUGGACAAACGCAAUCGGAGGAUGACACUUUGGCAGAUAAAGGGUCGCUGAAGAAACAGUACUCCGCACCUCCAGAGUACUUGGAGAAACGGAAACAGGAGAAAGAGAGACGAAGAUCCGAGACAGGACUUAGACAGAAGUUUAAAAAAGGUGGCAGAAGGUCUGAGACGACAACUGAGGAUUCUCCAGCAUCGCCACGGAAAAAUCAAACCGAGUAUUCCGGCAUGAACGACUCCAGAGAACAGGGAUUUAAAUCUUCAGACGGACGCGGAUCAAAAGUGAAGGAUCGCUUUACCGGUUGGAGGAGGAAAUCCGAGCCAGGUUUUCAAUCCUACGUGUGCCUUAACCAGUCUGACGAAGAACAAAAGGAAGACACGGUCGAUACAGGAUCAGCCACGAUCAAGACUGAGUGCACGAUCAUCGAGACGAUUAACGACAAGCACGCGAACUCUUCUCCGCCGGCCGAAACCAAAGAGAAUAACGAACAGCAGCAGACCCAAGCGCAAACGGUCGAGGAGAUAGUUGGCCAUAUUCUCAUGCAGAACCAGGAGUUCCAAAAACUUUUGGAGAAGCAACGAACGAACAGCAUAAUCAACGUCAGGCAGCAGCAACGUUUCAACAAACGCGUGCCCGCUGACACGUCUGACGAGAGCGACUUGGAGAACACGAACUAUAUCGCGGACAAUACGGUGAACAACAGGAUAUCGCGCGUUAGGUCGACUCAUCGCGAACGAUUCGUGAAAACGAACAACACUUGGAACUCGCUGUCUUCCUCGCGCGAUCAUCAACAACCGUCUCUGCAGCUGCUCUACGAUAAUUUGAACAAAACCGAGAACAACAAGUCGACGGACAACAGCAGUUCGAAGAACAAGAUCAACGUUGUACAGGAGAAGAAAGCGUUGUUCGAAACGUUCAAGAAACAGAGCAUCGUGACCGAGAGCAAGGUGAUCAAGACGGCGCUCAGGAUACGAGAGAAUUCGUCGUCGAGAAACGAGGAAACGACUCGGCCGGAUCAGAUCGCGAAGCAGACUGAAAUUCAAACCGUGGAGAACGACGAAUGUAAGACUGGUAGAAGAAACGACGAACGUGAAACGGCUGACGUUAACCAGGAAGAAGCGACAGAGUCGAGCAAAGGUUUCGGCAACUAUGACAACCUGCAGCACGUGUGGGAAGGUUGUCUACAGGAGGAGAAAAGCUUAGACGGGAAUGACAGCCCGACACGUCCAGCGGUCUGGCUGACCAAACUGUGCGAGGGUCUGCCGACGUCGCCACAAAAGUGCGGUUCGCUGCCGCGUAGCUUCCAAAUUCAUCCUAACUCUAACCAGAACGUAACGAAGUCGCGGUUCUUGCAGAGAGAUGGCAAACCGAUGAGCGAGAGGCCGUUUACCAUAGCCUCGGACAAGCCAGCGGAGAUCAAUCUGGAGGACAUGGAAAGGUACGCGUCCACGUGCCAGCCAGAGGGCAGAAUCGCCAAAUUCCCGACCUCCGUUUCGACGUCCACGUCCACGUUCUUCUGCUCGUUGGACGACACACUGACGGACGCUUACUCGGAGAUUCACAUGUCGUCCACGACCACGAACAUCCAUCCCGAUCAUAAAAUCUACAGGGCGACGAACACCACUAGCGGCAGCACGAUAUUCAAGAACGUGCUGUCCAAGGCUGGCAAUCGCCUUCAAGGCUUGAGGAACACCAUGAGCACCGAGACUUUAGAGUGCAGCGAGGAACUAGAGAGAACCAAGUACUUUCGCUCUUUGAGCGCAGGUAAGUUGAAGAAGAAGGGCAAGACGAAGCAUUCGAGGGAGUCGUCGUCGGACGUGGAAGAGCUCGUGGGAUGCACGGCCAGGGCAGGCAGUUCAGACGCGAGAGUGCCCUCGCUGUACUACAAACAAGGAAGCUCCGGUUUAGGUGCUCGUAUCGCUCAGUCUGACUACGCGGACCCGACCGUCUUGUUCUUCGAGAGCAGACGGCUCGGCCAGCAAACGCAACAGGCGAAGGAAGAGAAGAGGGACGACGACGACGAGGAGGAGGAGGAGAGCACGGAGAACCGAGAGAGUGAGACUGACAGUUUCUACGAAAGAUCGUUCGAGACGAUCGAGAACUACGUGGACGUGGACGUUGACGACGCGUUCCGGGACAGUGCAAUAUUCAGCGACGUCGAGGAGGUUCUGGUGGCCAGGCCGCAAUCGAGCCAACCGUCCGACGACUCUCCACCGUUCAAGAACAAGGUGGCACCUCCAGUGCCGGCGAAGAAGAGAGCAGAGGCGAUCAAUCCGUCAGGACGUGGCGUUGCGACGGCGAGAUACAAACCCAGCGUCGCACAGAAACCCGACUACCUGAAGCUGAAGUCGGCUCUGCUGAAGGGGCAGCGUGAUGAACUGGACUGUAAAGUUUCGUCUCUCGUGCCCGAAAAUGGAGCGUAUCGUUCUGCCGAGAGCAGCAACUGCGCGCGAAACAGUGGCGAGGAGAAGGACGACGUGUCGGCGGGGCAGAGUCAAGCGGGUUGGGUGAGGAAGAUAGUGGGCCAGUUGCAGGGCCACGUCGAAACGUAAUUUAUGCCAAUGAAAGUGUACAAAUCCUCGUAACCUUGAAUCGCAGGAAUUUCACGUUUGUCAAAUGUUCUCCUCUUUUUUCUUUUUUAUACUUUAAUUUAGGUACCCUUUCCUUGUCUUUGCGACUCGAUGCAAAUAA